AGAUAAUGAGCUCAAAGAAAGUAAUCCGUCUGUUCUGUUUUUCAGUUUCAUGGAUUUUUCUGCUGCUGACACAAUCUGGACUCACCUCAGAAUCAUCUGAAGGGAGCGCAGACCUCCCCCUCGGUGAAGAGACAGACAUUGAUCAGUGUCCAGAGGGAAAAUAUUUCUCCCACCAGCUUUGUUUAGAGUGUCCCUCCGGUCAUUUUUGUCCUGGAAAUGUAUCUGCACCUCAGAGAUGUCCAGCAGGAACAUUUAACCUCUACACAGGGAAAAGCAGUAUCAGUGUCUGCAAGCCUUGUUUUCCAGGUCUGAUCAGCACAGAGGACAGAGUGGACUGCAGGCUGUGUCCUGCAGGUUUCUCAUGUGGCCCAGCCAAUGGGACCCUCUCUUUAUGCCCCCCAGGACAAUAUUCUCCUGAGGGGGUCCUACAGUGUCUGUCCUGUCCUGUAGAUUCUGUCUGCACCUCUGGAUUUCCUAUUAAGUGUGGGCCUGGCAAGGAGCCCAACAUAGAUCACACUGUUUGUAAUGACUGUUCCCCAGGCUUCUAUUCCACUAUGUGUACUAUCGAGUGUCUGCAGUGUCCAGCAGGAAGUUACUGUCCAGAUAGUGGGAUGUCACAGUCGCUCCCUUGUCCUCCUGGUUGGUCUUCCACAUCUGGACAGACUUACUGCCAUAGCUGUAAUGAUACGUCUUUGCUGUGCGGGGGAGCUGCAGCCCCCCGCUGGAGCCAGCCGGUCCAAAGGUCCAGUCAAACAAUCACCUGUCGACCAGGAACAUACAAAGAUACAAGGGAAGAGUUAGCAUGUGUGGUCUGUCCAGUAGGUCAUUAUUGUGUGGGAGGUGUAGCUUUGCCCUGCCCUGCAGGGACUUAUGGCCCUAAAGAAGGUCUACAGAGGCUGACAGACUGCACAAUCUGUCCUGCAGGGUUUUAUUGUCUGGAAGGCACCUCACAGCGACCCACCUCCCAGUUCCUGUGCCCACAAGGCUAUUACUGUGAGGAGGGCACCGCCACUCCUCAUGGGUCACCUUGCCCUGCUGGUACAGCGGGGGAACAACUGGGUCAGACAAGUAGGGCAGCCUGCAAGAGAUGUAGAGAAGGACGCUUCUGUCCUGCAGGCUCAUCUGGGCCUGGCUUGCCCUGUGCUCGGGGGAGAUACUGUCCUGCUGGCUUGAAAGAAGUGUUAUGUCCUCGAGGCACCUUCACCCCUCAUCAAGGAGCAAUAAGCGUGAAGGACUGUCUCAAAUGCCCGGCUGGUUUUUACUGCCCUGAAGGGACAAGCGACCCUGUUCCCUGUCCACCAGGCUUCUUUAACCCCUUAGAGGGUCAGGAUGAGUUGGCUGACUGCAGGGAGUGCUAUGCAGGGAAGGCCUGCACUCAGGUAGCUCUGAGAGCCCCCGAUGUGGACUGCAUGCAAGGGUUUGUGUGUCCCCCUGGUUCCUCCAAACCCAACGCGCCAACCAAUGCCUGCCCACCAGGAACACUGAGCAAUCGCACUGAUCUCACUGACCGCUCACAGUGUCAGCAGUGCCCGGCACGAUAUGCCUGUCUUCGAGGAACUGGUGGUAUCCAGAGACCACCACUCUCCUGCUUUGCAGGGCAUUAUUGCCCCCCUGGAACUAUGUUUCCCACCCAGUACAAGUGUCCUGUGGGAACAUGGAGUGGUCACAGUGGAUUGGAAGCUGAAAGGGAGUGCCAGCCAUGUCCAAAGGGCUGGUACUGUUUGGCUGGGUCUGGAGCUCCGUCAGGUCGAUGCAGCUCUGGACACUACUGUCCUGAAGGGACAGCAUAUGGCACCCAGUUUCCUUGUCCUGCGGGCACCUACAGCAUCCAAAUGGGCAACAGAUACAGAGAAGACUGCCUGCUUUGUCCUGAAGGCUCAUCCUGUCAACAGGGCACCUCCAAACCUUCACCGUGCCCACCCUCUACAUUUCGCCGUCUGAAAGGAGGUCGAAGGCUGGAGGACUGCUCUGCUUGUCCUGCUGGCUAUUUUUGUCCCCACUCAGCCACUGUCAACCCAAGAGUGUGUGGAGCUGGCAGCUACUCUGACGAGGGCUCUUUGGAGUGUUCUCCAUGCCUGCAGGGCCACUACUGCAGUGAUGAGACCACUAGUGAGGAAGCCAUGUUGAGCGUCAUGGUGUGCCCCCCAGGCUUCCUCUGCUCUCAGGGUUUGGCAAGAGAGCCCCAGCGCUCAGCCACACUCUGUCCUCGAGGCUUCUACUGCCCCGGAGGAGGCAUUGAUCCCAACCCCAUUCCUUGCCCCAAUGGUACCUACAGUGAACUUCCUGGUCUGCGUGAUGCCAGCGAGUGUGUCCAAUGCCCUGAGGGGAAGUACUGUUACUCCCAGCAGCCUCAGGAACAGCCUAUUACCAGCCCUACAGGGGUGUGUCCUUAUGGCCACUAUUGCCCCCUAGGAACUGGCUACCCCUACACCUACCCCUGUCAGGCUGGCCAAUAUAGGAACAACACACUUGGUCACAGUGGAGAGGCGUGUGUGUCAUGUCCAUCCAGGCAUUACUGUGACAGACUGGGGACUCACAUGCCACUAGUCUGUCCUCAGGGCUUUUACUGUCCAGAAGGCACUUCUACUCCUGAACCGUGUCCUGAGGGAACCUACAGUUCACGCUCAGCUCUCAGUGAUGGGUCUGAGUGCGCCCCUUGUGGUGGAGGCCAGUAUUGCUCUGGUGUGGGACUCACAGAGCCCUCUGGAAGCUGCAAAGAGCGCUUCUACUGUAGAGAGGGAGCCAAGUCUUCAACUCCUGUGGAUGGGUCAACGGGAGGUUUGUGUCCAGCAGGAAGUUACUGUCCUCAAGCUUCGUCCUCUCCCUUCCCCUGUCCCCCUGGCACCUUUAGCAACAGCACUGGCCUCAGCAGACCUGAGGAGUGUGUCAGCUGUCCACCGGGUUUUUAUUGCUUAGGCUCCAACAACACCUUACCUUCAGGCCCUUGUUUUCCUGGUUUCUACUGUACCGGUGGCUCAGCAUCGCCCAUUCAGAAUGAAGCACAGGAGGGUUAUUAUACCUUGGAGGGGGCAGCCAGCGCACAACCAUGCCCUCUGGGCACUUUUCAGCCGCAUCGAGGUGCACAAUUAUGUGUGGAAUGUCAGGGAGGCAGAAUGUGUAACCAGACAGGCUUGUCCCAGUCACUACUGUGUCCCACAGGACACUUCUGUCCUCCAGGGUCCUCUCUUGCUCAACCCUGUCCUCCAGGCUCUUACUCUGACCAGCCUGGUGGCGAUGCUCUUAAGCACUGUCAGCCAUGCAAGGCUGGUUGGUUCUGUAGCAGAGCCGGUCUCUCUAACCCUCAGGAUCUCUGUGACCCAGGACACUACUGCACCUCUGGAGCCUCCACUGCCUCUCCAGUGGCCAUGGCCUCUGGUGGCGUGUGUUCUGCGGGCUACGUCUGUCCACGAGGGACCAAGUACCCCCAGCAGCACCCCUGUCCUGUAGGAACCUGGAGCAGCACUGUGGGAGCCCAAAACCUGUCCUCCUGCUGGCCCUGCCCCCCAGGACUCUAUUGUAACAGUACUGGACUCAGCCAGCCCUCAGGAGUCUGUGAUACAGGUUAUUACUGUUCGGGAGGGGCUGUGUCUUCAAUGCCCUCAGAUGGUGUUAAUGGGGACAUUUGUCCAGUUGGACACUACUGUCCCAUGGGCUCAACUUCUCCUUUAGUCUGCCCUGAUGGGAUGUACACGAACACUACAGGGACAGAAGCAUGUGAAGAUUGCCCCACAGGGACCUACUGUCUGUCAGGAGAAGGUGUUCAGUCUUGUCCAGCAGGACACUACUGUCUCGGUGGGGGUGUUGAGGGUAUCCUGCCCUGUCCUCCUGGCACAUACAGCCCUCAGCUUGGCCUCAGCCAAGUGGAGCAGUGCCUCAUUUGUCCAGCAGGGUUCUUCUGUGAGGACUGGGGUCUGUUUGAACCUACUGGCCCUUGUCAAGCUGGUUACUACUGCAUAGCAGGUGUAAACUUUCAGAACCCAGAUGGGAACUUCAGCACAGGAGUGGGAGGAGCAUGUCCAAAGGGGAGGUACUGUCCUGAGGGCACGAGUCUCCCACUGCCCUGUCCACCAGGAACCUACUCUAACAGACACCUUUGGCUGCAGUCCAUGUCCAGCGGGUCAGUUCUGUGGCACUGCAGGUCUCACUCGUCCAUCUGGACUGUGUCAAGCAGGGUUUUUCUGUCCAGGAGGAGACACAACAACCACAGGCUCAGAAGGAGGUCUUUGCCCACCAGCUCAUUACUGCCCAGAGGGUAGUGCGGGCCCGGUGCCCUGCCCAGCUGGGACCUACACCAACCUCCCAGGCCAGUCAGUGUGUUCCCGCUGCCCUGCUGGAUAUUACUGUGC